AUGGAUACAAUUAAGGCAACCAAAAAUUCCACAUCCAGUGAUAAAUCAAAUCCUAUAAAGUAUCUGUGGAUCUGCAUCAGCUCUAUUUUAUUGGUGAUGUUCAUAAUAGCAUGCGUUAUUCUAUUACCCACAUUUUACUUGCAAUACAAGAAAAUUAGUGGCAUUUCCCAAAUAGUCGGAGAAAAAUACGAAAUUCAAGAAAAGCUAUUGACCGACGCUGUCAAAAAUAUAAAAGAAAAAAUAAUGCCAUCUAAAAUAACUAACAGUUCUUCCUUUCACAGACUCUUCGAUCAAAUUGAAGGAUUGUCAAAAUAUACUAAGCUGAAAUCCCAAUCUUCGGAUUCGAAAUCGCAAAAUAUCAGGUUAGGAAAAAUCGAAAUAAGAAAUAAAAGGAGUUACGUUGGUGGGGAUUAUUCAAGAAGAUGUAGAGAGUGUAAUGAUGGAAACUCAGGGCUUAGAGGCGAACCAGGAGAGCCCGGUCCAGUUGGAGAUGGAGGUUCACCCGGUAAAGAUGGUUUCCCAGGAGCUGAUGGAACCCCGGGGCGAGAUGGUCCACCAGGUAGACCUGGGGCUCAGGGAUUGCCCGGAGAACCCGGUUCCGAAGGACAAGGUGGAAUACCUGGUGAAGAUGGCUCUCCAGGUCAGCCUUCCCCAGAUGGAAAUCCAGGUAGAGAUGGAUUCCCAGGAAAACAAGGGAGAAAGGGAUCUCCUGGUAACCCAGGCCGAGAUGGUACACCUGGAAGAGACGGAGGUCAUGGAAAUGAUGGUAAAGAUGGUCUUCCCGGUCCAGCAGGGUCAGAUGGGGAGGCUGGUUUUCCUGGAGAAGAUGGACCUACAGGUCCCCCAGGAAGCCCUGGAUCUAAAGGAAGAGCAGGAAACUCGGGUAGAGAUGGGAAUAGAGGUCAGCCUGGCAGACCAGGCAAUGAUGGAAUACCAGGAGAAGAUGGACCAAUCGGUAACCCUGGAGCGGAUGGUAAAAAUGGUAACGAUGGUCAACCCGGUAGUAGGGGUAAUGAUGGUAAGUCAGGAAAUAGUGGGAAAAAGGGCAAUGAUGGACAGACUGGCAGAGCCGGAUUUCUAGGUGAAGUUGGUUCUCCCGGGAAUGAUGGCGCCCCAGGUAAUUCCGGUAAAGAUGGAGAUGCUGGCAAUGAUGGACAACCAGGAAAUAAUGGAAAAGACGGCAACCCAGGAUCUCCUGGAGCACCCGGUGAUAGAGGAGAGGCUGGACGUCCAGGAAGUGAUGCAGAACCAGGUAGAGAUGGUAUACCUGGGCAAGCAGGUUCUCCGGGUAAUAAUGGCAUAGAUGGAUUUCCUGGGAAAGCUGGAGAUGCGGGACAAGAUGGAAGAGCAGGGUUAGACGGAUUACCAGGUGCUUCUGGCUUACCUGGAAAUGAUGGCUUUCCAGGAUCUGAUGGUGCUUCUGGUAAAAAUGGCGAAAGAGGAACACCGGGACAAAGGGGAACUCCAGGUCCAAAGGGUGAGUUAGGGUUUCCAGGCAAAGACGGUGAAGUAGGGGCAGUCGGUAAUACAGGAAGACCAGGCGAAGCAGGAGACGUGGGGCCCGCAGGGCAACCGGGACAAGAUGGUCAACCCGGAAAUGAUGGAUUCCCUGGGACUCCGGGUGAAGCCGGUCCUAAAGGCCCACCAGGAGCUCCGGGUAGACCAGGGUCGGCGGGUAAAGCAGGAGGUAGAGGAGAUGCCGGACCAGACGGGCUACCAGGUGCACCUGGUCUCGAUGGCGCACCAGGUAAAGGUGGUAGGGCUGGAACCGAUGGUCAGCCCGGAAAAUGCACCAAUUGCCAAGUGGCCGGACCUCAGGUUCUUAUGGAACAAUGGGUUUGUUACGUACAUUGGGGCAAAUCUAAAUGUAAUGGAAUCUCAAGAGAUGGUACACUCAUAUAUGACGGCUAUAUAUCUGGCGGUCAUUACUUCUUUUCCGGUUCUGGUUAUGAUUAUCAAUGCCUGCCUAAACGUCCCACUUAUGAUCUUUACGCUGAUGGUUUUCAAUCGGAAGCUAACAUAUAUGGAGCAGAAUUCCGUAUAUAUGACACCCACUCCCCUUUAACCAAACGUGGUCAUAAAUUCAAGGUAGGAGUGUGCGCUUUAUGCUGUGUACCCCGUCCAGAUGUUUUUAUGUUCCCAGCUUUCGCGAAUUGUCCCCCCGGGUGGACUAUGGAAUAUAGAGGUUAUAUUAUGUCCGGGAACGAAGAAUUGAGUAGAGCUGUCUUCACGUGUGUCGAUGAGGACGCCGAUCAGGAGCCUAAUCAAACUCCCGGAGAUGGAGCUGCUCUUUAUAUAGUAGAAGUCAUGGCUGGUGAUUUACCACCUGAUAGAUAUCCAUCAGGCAAAGAACUCUCUUGCGUUGUUUGUACCCAUUAA